AUCAUCAAAUUUGCAAACUGAAAAGAAAGAAAAACCAAAAGGAAAACGAAGACAAACCAUUUCAGUAUUUAGCAGAAAACGUGAAAUUAAAUAAUCGUUACAAAUUUGAAGGUUGAAUUAAAUCAACAUUAGUCACCUGUUCGUUUGUGAGUGGUCAAGUUCAAGUGUAAAAUCGUGCAAAACUACAAGCGAAGAGGAAAAGCAUGACAACAGACAUUCAAGAAGCGUUGGAAAGCCAUUUGGGAGGUGGAACGGUGCAAAAUUUGGAGAACAAUAGUGAUAGCCGCAAUAAAGAUGUAACAGUUAACGUAAUCGGUUCUUCAGGCCACUUAAAUAUGAACAAUGACGCUGGCGUUCAUGAAUGCUCCAGGGGCAAUGAAAAUAGUAGCAAUCAAAAAAAUAAAGAAACUUUAAAAAUCCUUUGUCAUAAAACGAGAAGAACCACUGGUAAAUAUCAAAAUUCAGACUCCGAAGAUGGCUUUCUAUCCACCUCGCCCGAUAGCGUGAGUAGUGAACAAAUGCCUAAAGUUGGCCAACAUGAUAAUGUACGUGCUCCCAGAGUACCACCGCCCAUUUGUUUGUGUACUAACCCUUCUGGUUGUGUCAGCCUUAAAAAUAUCUUGGAAUCAUUUAAAGCUCCGCUGUCGGAGGAGCAGGCUUGGGCCGUCAUAUACCAAUACAUUAGUAUGUAUCGAAGUGUGGCAACUACUGGUGAACAGCAUAUUUUCAAUAAUUUAGAAAUUCCCGAUACAUUGGCUAAUAUGAAUUUGCACCGUGACGGCACAGUGCAUUGUUCUUGGAGCGAAACAGAACGCAAAGAGAAAGAACGAAAAAUGCAAGAGCAACAAAGGCAACAGCAGGAGCAGAGUGAUGGCGAUAAUCACACAUUUGUGUUGGCCUCGUACAAGAAGAUUCUACGUAAAGUUGCGCUUGUCGUUUACACCGCUUUGGAUUACAAUUUGCAGGAAGACGAACAAUGUCAAAUGUCCCAAGAAUUGGAAGAACUUAUUACGCAUAUGACGAGCGAGGAAAACGAUGACGAUUGCAUUGACGAAGGCAUUGACGAGGGCUACAAACGUUGGGACGACGAGACUGAAAAUGAAAAAUAUAAUGAAACCAAAGAAUUUGAUUUUGUGCUGAAGGCCUGUGCUAACCACAUUAAACCCAUUGUACCUGAAGAGCAUUAUAAAGCAGUUUGUCGAGCAUUAGUAACUGAGACGCUUGAACUCCGAAUAUUUCUGCAACAAGUUUUAAACGACGAUGUUGCCAAAUUACACCUAAAAUCUGAAUUUCAAACCUCCCAACAAGAGUUGGCGAAAUUAGGAUUUAAUGAUUGGGCUCGCUUUUGGGUACAAGUUAUUGAUGAAUUAAGGCGCGGCGUUCGUUUAAAGAAAGCAAACUACGAACGAGCACCUAUAGAAUACGAACUGACACCCUACGAGAUUCUAAUGGAAGAUAUACGUUCCAGAAAAUACCAAUUACGCAAAGUUAUGGUCAACGGCGACAUACCACCGCGCGUGAAAAAAGAUGCCCACGCUUUAAUACUAGAGUUCAUCCGAUCGCGACCUCCAUUAAAAAAGGCCUCGGAUCGUAAAUUACCGCCGCCCAUAAAACGUACGCCUUCACCACGCGAACAAUUAAUGGAUUCGAUACGGAAAGGGCGAACUCUGAAGCAUAUAUCACCGCCUGCGCCACCUCGCCUCAAAGAUCGCUUGCUUCCGUCAGCAACGUUUUCUUCCAUUGUACCGUCAACGCAUCAGCAGCAUAGUAAAUUCAAUAACUCGUUGUUAUUAAAGGAGAACUUCGAAGUUAAUCUAACUCCGCGUUCCAAGCAACGCCUAAUUAAAGUGGAUUUUUCCCUCUUACAAGACGACGAUGCAUUUUUCGAUGAGUAUUCUUUGGCUUCCACAUCAUCAUCAAUAUCAACAAAUCAUGGACAUGGUAGCGCGACCAGAAAUAUGGGUGUUUGUUCGCAACCAAAAAUGCCUCCGUAUCCUAUUGGUGGCUAUAUGGUGAGUGACCCACCGGCAGCAAAACGAUUCAGUACUGUGACUCAAGCACCACCGACGGCCACCACAACACUAACAACACGUGUCAUGCGACGAACAAAUGCGUACACAAAGGACGACUAUCACAGAUUUUUUGACAACGCCUUAGAAUCUUAUGAUUUGGCAACUCAAUGUGAAUCACGGCGAGCUUCACUUCGACGCCAUACGAUUGUUGGUUGCCAAAGUAAUUUUGAUGAGUCGCAUUCAAUGCCCCCUUCAAGACCUGAAUCACGUCAAUCCGAGGUAAAUUCAACUGCUGCUACUGACCUUGUGAGCACAGUCAAGCAGCUACACAAUAAUUACAAUCAGCAACAGCAACGGCAGCGACACCAGCAACAAUCUCAAUUCCAACCAUCGCGUGAACAUAAGUACGGAGAGCACAAGCAUUCUCAAAAUUCGAGUUUAGAAGAAGAGGAUGAAACGGAUAAUUGCAAUCAUUCGAUAUCCUCGAUUGGCCCGUGGAAUAAAUCCUUUAUGGAUGAGAAGACUUGGAACGAACGUGCUGACGAUCGCCUCUCGUUAACCCUGGAGGAGAUCGUGCACAUUCGUUCAGUUAUGACCAAAGCGGAAUUGGAAGGUCUUCCUGUCGGAGUGCGUGUCAAGGAGGAUGUCGAAAAACGCAAAGUAUGCUUUUUGUGCCUGCGUACACGUUUCUCCAUAUUCGGUCCCUGGGGUAUACAGUGCAAAAUUUGUCAGCGUACAGUAUGCUCAAAGUGUUACACGAAGAUGCGUAUUCCUUCAGAACAUUUUCGCAAUGUGCCGCUUGUAUUGAUUUCACCUUCAUUGUUGGCUAGCCCAGCUGGCUCAAGUACUCCUUCACCAUCACAUUCACAUCAGGGACAUCAUGCCCACUCAUCGUCAACUGGAAAUAUCCUGGAUGAAUCAUUUCCAAAGUCCCUAAUUGAACGGCUAAUGGGCGCUGAAACCAACCGUAAGACUCGACAUACAGUUGGUAGUGCUCCAUCGUCACCGAAGCACCAAAGAUCUAAUAUGAGCACCCCCGGAAUUAUGGCUAUCGAUACGGAGACUGCGGCCGGUCAAGCGGUGGAGGCCAUACAUGAUACAUCGUCUUCAUUCACAGCUGCCGACAGCUGUCACUAUCACACUUCAAUGCUGGUGAAUGGUAUCUGUCGCAACGAUAAUAGUAGACACACUAGCAACUAUUCCAGCAACAAACAUUUCAGCAUAAUGUCUCGCAGUAUGGAGGGUCCGCGCAGUUUGCCAAUAAACAGCCCUGCAUCGAGACCGCAUUCCAAUAGCAGUACGCUGGACAGAAAAAGUAAAUUUUCGAAAGCAUUUACAUUGUCUUCGUCAAGUAACCAAUUGUCUCAGGAUCAAAAGGAGAACAUGCGUGGUGAGCAAGUGCCCGUUUGUAAUGAUUGCAAAGGCCUUGUUAUGGAAAUUUCACGAUCAGCUAAACAGAAACGAUCUUCCGCACGCAAUCGGGCUCUAAAAAAUCUUACCCUUGAUUUGUCCCCCGUAUGGAAAUGAAGGGUUCACCGGAUAAUGAAGGACUUCAUUUAAAUUUAGGUACAAAUCGUGCCAAGGAGAUGGGUACAACUUUCACUGCGCACUACGAACGCAAUGCAGCACGUUUAUCUUCAUCAACAUAAUCAAUUUGCUAUGACAGCCAUUACCGAAUUAUGUUCACUGAUAUUUUCUGCUUAUUUGAGUUUGAUAUGAAAAGUUUCAUCUUUUGGUGUGUUUAUUUGCUUUAAGUUGUAUUUAAAAGUUCUACUUUGCGUUGAAUGUUUUCAGAGUUUGUUUUUUGUUGUUCUCCAGUGUGGGCAAGUGUAACGCUAUGCAUCAUUGCCUUUCGCAUGUGACAAAUUUAAUUGGGUAUAAUUUUUAUGUAAUUGCCUUCUUUGAUCAAUUCAUUUUACUUUAUUUUUUCACACAUAAAAAUCGAUGGGGCUGAACGAUUUACUAGAGCUUAGUUAUCGUUCGAUUUAAUACCUUAGAUUUGAAAGACGCAUCAAAUAAAAUAACAAAGCCUCGUAUUGUAUAAAAUAUUUGUAUUUAUUAACUUGAAAAUUAUAAACUAAAAUUAUACUUAAAAAUUGUGUUUGGAGUGAUAAUGUUAACAUAGACGUCGUUGACGUACAUAUUUGCGGGAACGAGCAAAAUGCCCCUUUAAUUUUAAUUGUCAAAUAUCCAUCUCAUUGUAAUUGUGUUUGAAUAAAUUCUCACUUUCUCUUUAAGUAUUCCUGUAUUUUUCCAAUUAUUCUUUUUCUUUCUUUUUUUCUAAACAAUUAUACGUAAAUUUCUAUUUAUUAUAUUUUCGUUCAAGUUUACCAAAAACCAUUUUUCAAUAUUAGCUCUAUCUUUAAGUGUUAGUAAUAAAUACUUUUCGAAAUGUUUUACGAUAAGUGCAGAAAGAUUGCAAAUAUAUUUUAAGAGUACCGAUCAAAACUAAAGAAAACAAAUCUUCUAAUAUCAAUAGAUUAAUAGAUAAAUGCAAACAAAAAUAAAAAAAAA